AUGGGUCCGAAAAAGAAGGGUGGACGGAAACCCGCCUCAGUUGCUGCUCAGUCUGCACAGUUGAAAGACCUUACCCUGGAAACACCAGAAAUCCAGGAACCUAAAGACUUGAAAGAAGAGGUUGCCGGCGACGCAGCACCCAGUACAAACAGUAAGUGCUUGCUUUCUUUCCCUGAAGGGGAUGCAAUUACGUGUUCCUAG